UCUUUUUUCGCAUGAUCUACGAUGCGACCCUCGCGUUGGCUCCUCGCCGCUUGCGCACUCCUCCUCUGCGCGCUCCGGCGGACCGGCGAGGCGCGGGCGGAGCGCCCGUGCACCGAGACUGACUACUACUAUGAGUACACAGAGUGUGACAGCACAGGAUCGCGGUGGCGAGUAGCCAUCCCCCAGAUUCCAGGAGCAUGCACCGGUCUACCAGAGCCAGUACACGGCACAGACUGCACGUUUACGUGCGAGGCCGGGGAAUUCCUGGAGAUGUCGGCUCAGGAGUGCACCCAGUGUGCAGCGGGAAGCUAUUCCCUCGGCAGCGGCAUCCGCUUUGACCAGUGGGACUCCAUGCCCGCGGGAUUCAGUAGCCUGGCGACCCUCCUGGACAACAGUCCCCACGGCGACGACCGGCUCACCUGCAACAGCUCCGCCUGGGUGCCUCUGGGCAACUACCUGGAGUCCAACAGGGAUGAAUGCACCGUCAGUCUCAUCUACGCUGUCCACCUGAAGAAACAGGGCUCUGUCAGCUUUGAGUACCAGUACCUCGACAAAAACCUGCUCUUUGAGUUCUUUAUCCAGAACGACCAGUGUCAGGCGAUGGAUCAGACUGCUAAUGAGAAGUGGCUCAAGCUCACCAGUCACGGGGAGUGGGCUACUCACACGGUAAAUCUGAAAUCUGGCACCAACAUCCUUUACUGGAGGACAGGAGGAGUUUUGGUGGGGAGUAAAGCGGUGAAGCCUGUUCUGCUGAAGAACAUCCAGAUAGAGGGCGUGGCGUACACAUCGGAAUGCUUCCCGUGUAAACCCGGGACUUUCAGUCGCGUCCCAGGCUCGUCUUCGUGUGACCCCUGCCCAAGAGACACCUACUCCGGCCACGGUGCCAGCUCCUGCACCCCUUGUAACACCACCGCUCAGUAUGCACCGGAGGGAUCGGGCAUCUGUAAAGUGAGACCCCCGUGUUCCAGAAAGGACUAUUUCCAGAUCCACACAGCUUGCGACAGCGAUGGCAAGACGCAGGUCAUUUAUAAGUGGGUCGAACCCAAGAUUUGUUUGGAGGGUGUCAUCGGGGCCGAGACGCUGCCCCCCAGUGGAGAACGGGAGCCCUGCCCCCCCUGUAACCCAGGUUUCUAUAACAAUGACACGGCCACCUGCUCGCCCUGCCCACCCGGUACCUAUUCUGAUGGAAUCAAAGCAUGCACGAGAUGUCCGGCAGGUACAGAGCCUUCCCUGGGUUACAAGUAUAAGUGGUGGAAUGUUCUUCCUGCCAACAUAGAGACUUCCUGCUUUAAUGUGGGCAAUUCCAAAUGUGACAACAUGAAUGGAUGGGAGGUGGCAGGAGAUCAUAUCCAGACUGGAGCGGGGCACUCGGAUAAUGAUUACCUGAUCCUCAUUAUCCAUAUUCCUGGCUUUAAGCUUCCUACAUCAAUGUCUAGUAAUUCCGGGACAGAGUUUGGCCGCAUCACCUUCGAAUUUGAGAUGGUGUGCAAGACUGACUGUGAACUCUACUUCAUGAUGGAUGUAAAUAGAAAGAGUACGACGGUGGUGGAGUUGUGGGAGGGCAGUAAGACGAGGCAGUCCUACACGCAUGUCAUGAACAAGAACGCCUCUGUGUCAUACACGUGGGCUUUCCAGAGGACCAACCGAUCCUCAGAUGUGCGUCACUAUGUACAUGAUGUUGCUCGUAUCUACUCCAUCUCGGUGAGUAAUGCGGUGGAUGGGGUGUCAUCUGAGUGCCGGCCUUGUGCUCUCAGCACCCAGCCCUCCAGCUCCCUGUGUGUGCCAUGUUCACCCGGACGCUACAUAGAUACACACACCAGCCAGUGCACAGAGUGUCCAGCCAACACACUCCUGGCUUCUCACGACACUUUGGGCCCAGACGCCUGCCGUCCCUGUGGUCCUGCCAGCAAGAGCAACAAGGAGCACAGUUUAUGCUUCAGUGACUGUCACUUUACCCACACCGAGGGAAACGUGACUCUGAGUUUUGACUUUGGCCUCCUGGGCUCAGUGGGGUCACUGAUGAAUGGACCGAGUUUUACCUCCAAAGGAACCAAAUAUUUCCACCAGUUCAACAUCAGCCUGUGCGGGGGAGAAGGCCACAUGGCGGUGUGUGCAGACAACGUGACCGAUCUGUCCGACUCCCAGAGAGAGAAGGGAGAAGCAGCCAAUGCUGUGAAAACCUUUAUCUGUCAAUCCACAAUAAUCCCAGCUAACGGACAGGGCUUCCACACGGCGCUCUCCUCUCAGUCUAUCGACCUUGCAGACACAUUUGUUGGAGCAACGGUUGACAGUACACUUGAGGGGAUCAGAGCAAGCCCAGAGCUGUUCCCCAAGACCUCCAAGAAAGUCCCCGAUGUCCACUUCUACUACCGUUCCCUGGCGGCGACGUCGUCGUGCGAGGCGGGGCGCAGCGCAGUGGUGACUCUCCGCUGUAACCCAGAGAGGAGCAGCAAAGGAGAACUUGCCGUUCCCAGUCAGUGUACUGCAGGAACAUGCGACGGCUGCACCUUCCACUUCCUGUGGGAGGGUUCAGGAGCAUGUCCCACGUGCACCGAGAGAGACUACCAUCAGAUAGAGGGAGCUUGCAAGGGGGGAAACCAGGACUUGCUAUAUGUUUGGAAUGAACAAAAGCUGUGUGUGGGAGGGGUGCCCUUACCUGAGAAGAGGACCUUGCCGUGCGAGAGCAUGGAUUUCUGGAUACGGUUGGGUGCAGGGCUGGGGGCGUUCUUUGCAGUGCUGCUCAUCUCCUUAACCUGCUACUUCUGGGAGAAGAACAAGAGGCUGGAGUAUAGGUACUCGCGACUGGUGAUGUCUGCCAAUAAGGAGUGCGAGAUGCCAGGAGCUGACAGCUGCGCCGUCAUGGAGGGGGAGGAGUACGAGGGAGAAAUGGAAGACGAAGUGGUGUACACGAAGCCCUCUCUGUUGGGCAAACUCAAAGCCAUAGCGUCGAAGAGAAACGGAGACAGCUAUGAGAACGUGCAGCUGAACUCCUCUCAUCCGAAGGCGUUGGUCUGGAGUUAAAGAGCGAGGCAGCAGCGGAUAAGGAGAGAAGGGAGGAGUCAAGCCCCGGAGAGACUUGCCUGUGAAGGAUCCCUUUAACGAAUCUCCCCCUUUACGAGCUUUGGAACCUGUAAAACUCCGUUUGAGUGUAUGUUUACACAGGUUCAAAGAAGUCGCCCCCCGCACAGUGGCCUUAAAGCUCGGUGCUCGAGAGCAGUCCAACUAAACGCGUAGUGCCGCGGAGGUGAGUGCGGGUGGUGUGCAAGAGACUAUCUGGCGAUACGCCGAUUUAAACUGAUGUCAGAAAGGGUUUUGCAAAAAGCUCAGGUAAAGAAGAGGACCUAUUUCAGAUGUUUGCGUUUGUAUUUAUUUCAUUCCCUGUUGUCUCUCGAUACCGUUUGAGACGGGUAGCUGUUAUCGCCACUUAUUCUGUAAUCAGGAUCAUCAGUGUCAAAUCGAGCCACUGUGCAACCCUCCCGCAGACACACACACACACAAGCACAGUGGUGUCAUCUGGCUGUAUUAAGUCUGUAUGUCCUCACCUAUUUGCUAAAUGAUUGAGUUAUGAUGAUAAGGGAGGUGUUCUGCUGCCCAGCUGAGGACGAAUAUGUCGGGGUGAGAUAGCAAUGUUCAGCGUUUUGUCUAAAUCAAAUAUAAAUAAAAUGAGUUUGUCUACUUGU